AUGGUUAAUAAUUUUAAUACAAAAAAUAAUAAUUUUAAUAAUUCUAAUCCUGGAAUUUUAUCUGAAAUUAUUAUUGUAUUGGCACAUUCAUUGAUAAUUAUUACAUUUCCACUUUCAGUAUGGUUUUGUUUCAGAACAAUUAAUGAAUAUGAACGAGCUAUUGUCUUUCGUCUUGGAAGAAUUUUACAAAAUUCUGAAAAAGGACCAGGAUUAAUUUUUAUUAAUCCACUUAUUGAUAAUUAUAUUAUUAUGGAUUUAAGAGUUUUAUCAUUUAUAGUUCCUCAACAAGAAAUUUUAAGUAAAGAUUCUGUUACAGUUUCUGUUGAUGCUGUUGUUUAUUUUCGUGUUUGUGAUUCAAUUAAAGCUGUUACUAAUAUUGAAGAUUAUAAAAAUUCAACACAAUUAUUAGCUCAAACAGUUUUAAGAAAUAUUACAGGUACUAAAACAUUAUCAGAAUUAUUAUCAUAUAAAGAAAAUAUAUCUCAACAACUUCAAGUAAUAUUAGAUGAUGCUACAGAACAUUGGGGUGUACAGGUACAAAGAGUUGAACUUAAAGAUGUUUGUAUACCUGAAAGUCUUCAAAGAGCAAUGGCAGCAGAAGGUGAAGCAACAAGAGAGGCAAAAGCAAGAAUAAUAGCAGCAGAUGGUGAAAAAGAAGCAUCAAAAGCAUUAAAAGAGGCAGCAGAUAUUAUUUCAGAAAAUAAAAAUGCAAUUCAAUUAAGAUAUCUUCAAACAUUAAGUCAUAUUGGUCAGGAUAACUCAACAACUAUCAUUUUUCCAUUUCCUGUUGAAUUUUUAUCUUCUAUAAAAAAUUUAGCAUAA